AUAUUUGUGUUUCCGGUGUGUUUGAGGUUCCGUCUCAUAACAGCAGCCUCUGUUAGCUGUGGUUUGCUCUGACAGUUAAUAAUAAUAAUCUGAGUUUACUCACAUACUGCUACCUGCUACAUGCUAGCCCCUGUGAUCCGUGUCCGUGGAGCCGGAUAACGAUGCUAAUGGUGCUAACAGCCUGUUUGUUGUGAUGAAAACACCGAGAACGACAAGUUAGCAUGUUAGCACCAGUUACAGGUACCUGUGAUAUUCAGUGAAUCACUGAGGUCAGAGGUCAAACCCUGACGGCAGACAUGCUGAGCUGAGUCGUCAAUCCACAACCAGAGAUCAUGUCUGACAACCAGGCCAACAACAACAAUGCUCCAGUCAACAACAACAACAACAACAUAGGAGCUAACAGGAUCCGAAACCCCAACAUGAACCAGAACCCCCUCAUCAACGUCCGAGACCGCCUUUUCCACGCCCUUUUCUUUAAGAUGGCUGUCACCUACGCACGUCUCUUCCCUCCGUCCUUCAGGAGAGUCUUUGAGUUCUUCGUUCUGCUCAAGGCACUUUUCGUCCUCUUCAUCCUCGCCUACAUCCACAUUGCCUUCUCUCGCUCACCCAUCAACUGCCUGGAGGCGGUUAGGGAGCGCUGGCCUCGUGAUGGCAUCCUGCGGGUGGAGAUCCAGAGGAACUCCAGUCGCUCACCCGUCUUUCUGCAGUACUACGACUCUCCGAGCCUCCAGGAGGAGCUGGAGGCAGGGCAGGGAGGAGGGGUGGGGCUACAGGAGGAAGAUGAGGAGGAAGAGGAGAUUAUUGUUGAGAUGUUUGACAACAGCUCUGUUCAGUUUGAGCUGGACAUCGAACCUCGUCUGAAGCCGUCUCUGGUUGGAGGAGGAAGAGGAGGAGCAGGAGGAGGAGCAGGAGUGAACAGCAGCCAGGAUGUCUCCUUCAGCCAGACCACUAAAGGUAUGGAGCCGCUGAAGGACUCUGUGUCUGAGCUGGAGAUGAUGGCCAGAGCAGUGUGGCCUCAGGAAGAGUACAUUGUGGAGUAUUCGCUGGAGUACGGUUUCCUGCGUCUGUCCCAGAGCACGAGACAACGACUCAACAUCCCCGUCAUGGUGGUCACUCUGGAUCCCAUGAAGGACGAGUGCUUCGGUGAUGGAUUCAGUCGUUUCUUGCUUGAUGAGUUUCUGGGAUACGACGACAUCCUGAUGUCCAGCGUGAAGGCGCUUGCUGAGAACGAGGAGAACAAAGGGUUCUUGAGGAACGUUGUAUCAGGAGAACAUUAUCGGUUUGUCAGUAUGUGGAUGGCCAGAACCUCGUACCUGGCUGCUUUUGUCAUCAUGGUCAUAUUUACUCUCUCUGUGUCCAUGCUGCUCAGAUAUUCUCACCACCAGAUCUUCGUCUUCAUCGUGGAUCUGCUUCAGAUGUUGGAGAUGAACAUGACCAUUGCUUUCCCAGCAGCCCCUCUGCUCACCGUCAUCCUGGCCCUCGUCGGUAUGGAGGCCAUCAUGUCAGAGUUCUUCAAUGACACAACCACCGCCUUCUACAUCAUCCUCAUCGUUUGGCUGGCUGACCAAUACGACGCCAUCUGCUGCCACACCAACACCAGCAAACGCCAUUGGCUGAGGUUCUUCUAUCUGUACCACUUUGCGUUCUACGCAUACCACUACCGCUUCAAUGGUCAGUACAGCAGUUUGGCACUGGUCACUUCCUGGCUCUUCAUUCAGCACUCCAUGAUCUACUUCUUCCACCACUACGAGCUUCCUGCCAUCCUGCAGCAAAUCCGGAUACAGGAGAUGCUGCUGCAGAACCAGGCGGGUCAGAACCACCAGACGGCGCUGCAGGACAACCUGAACAACAAUACAGCUGCUGCCGCCAAUGCAGGUACACCGGGACCCGUGGACCCCGCCCAGUCUCCUGCCUCAUCCAAUCCUGCAGCUGCAGCAGCAGCGGCAGCAGCAGCAGCAGCAGGCGGAGCAGAGGUGAGGGCGGAGCUAAACUGGGUUGCUCACACGGCUGCCAUCAUCACAGAAGCUCUAUCCUCGACGACCCAGAACACCACUGGGGUUGAUGCAGAGUCCCGCCUCUCCAGUGGAAGUCAUGGGUCAGGAGAAGGAGGAGCAGGGGGAGGAGCAGAAGGUGAUGAUGAUUCAAAUGUUUCAGCAGAAACUAAAACCACAGCUCAUCCAAUCAGAGGCCUGCAGAUGGAGGCAGGGCCUUCAGGGGCGGGGCUCUCACAGGAGCCUGCACAGACAGACUCCUCCCCCUCACAAUGUCCAGGUACAGACUGUGGACCACAGACUGUGAUGACCUCAUCCUGAAUCCUUUUGACAUCAUCAGCUGAUCGGGGGAUUGAUCACUGAUUACCUGAUUGAUUGAAAUUUAAAUAUCUGAAGUAUUGAUUGUUUAGUUCUUAAAGUCUUUCAAUCAAUCACAUGCUGGUGGGCGGGUCAGCUGACUUCACAUCAUAAUAAUCUAUCACAGCUGAUCGAUGGUUAAUUGGCUCUAAUUGUUUAGAGCAGCUGAAGGUUGUCUUGUUGAUUUAUUGAUCCAUCAGGACUUCCUGUCUGGUCAUAAACUUCAGCAGCAGAGUGAGCUGAUUAAUUGUGAAUGUCAGCUGUCAUACCUCAGGCCCCGCCUCCUGUGCCCCUGAAUGCAUCGCAGUGAUAAGCCACGUCCCCUGGGGUGUAUUCAGGUACUGCCUACCUGCGCCACUUGGUGGUUGUUUUUGUGUCCUACACUUUUGAAUCAUGUUUUUAUUUUUCUGUGUUGACAGCGUCCGCCUGACGAUGAGGAAAUUUGUUUUGUAAAGAUGAAACAAUAUAAACAAGUGGUCAUGUGACCUGAAGAAUUGAACUGUAACACAA